AAAAUCAUAUGAAAAUUCGACCGUUUGUUUAAUGGCGGCGGAAGAAGAACUCGGCAUCUCCGCCCCUUCGUACCUGCAUAUGGUCUCUGCAUUUCUCGCUUUGGAGCCACCCGACGUCGUUAUCUCCUUCGCCAGGGAUUUUGGCGGAGGUUACAUUACAGAGAGCGUACAGAAGUGCAUAUGGCACCACUGUAUUGCGAAAUCAGAUGUGAAGUGGAAGGGUGCUUAUUUGAAAAGAUUUCUCAAGAAAUUUAUUAUGGAAAUCGAAUCGAGUGGCGGCGUUGUUUUGGAUGAAUUGUACGAACAGUACGCUUCCUAUAUGAUUUCAUUACAGGAUGAUGAUGCCAGUAAAGCGAACUCGAGAGUCUUGAAAACAAUCUCGUUUCUUUUCCCUAACGAGUCGUAUGGAACCGUAAGUUGUCCAAAGUCCGGAAAAUUAGAGGUUCAGCUUCAAUGUUCAGUCAACAUGCUAGAAGGUGAUACUGGGUGCUCUAUUUGGCCGUCAAGUCUUUUCCUGUCGGAAUUUAUACUUUCUUUCCCAGAACUAUUCGCAAAUAAACGUUGCUUUGAGGUUGGCUCGGGAGUUGGAUUGGUUGGCAUCUGUCUAUCCUAUGUGAAAGCAUCUAACGUGAUAUUAAGUGACGGCGACCUAUCGACGUUAGCAAAUAUGAAGGUUAACUUGGAACUGAACCACCUGAGCACAGGAAAUAUCAAAUCAGACAGCCUCGAAAAUCACGAUAUGGUGCAUUGCGUUUGUUUGCCAUGGGAAUCUGCAUCAGAGGAUAAUCUCUGUAGCUUUGCUCCCGACGUAAUUUUAGGAGCUGAUAUUAUUUACAAUCCAUCAUGCCUUCCUCACCUCGUACGAGUUUUGACCGGUCUUUUGACGCACGAACAUCCAAAUGCUAGUGGCCCUGUUGCAUAUAUUGCUUCCGUGGUUCGUAAUAUCGACACUUUAAAUUAUUUUCUUGCGCUGGCCGAAAAGGCAAAGCUUAUCGUCACGGAUCUCACUGAAAGCACCGAAGUAUCUAAUUUUCUUCCUUACUUGAGAUCGUACAAUCAAUGUAGCAUACGAUUAUUCAGAAUUUGUCUGGCUUCGAAGGUAGCCUAGUUAUUGAGUAGUAACUCCUUUUCUUUC